AUGGCAGCCGGUCGGGACGCGCAGAACAGUACCGACGAGGAGGAGACGCCGAGAGGGCGGGGACGGCCCCGGAAGUAUCCGAUCCAAGAGGCUUCUUCCUCCGCUUCGUCGGCUUCAUCGGUUUCUGAUGAACGUCAGGAAUUCAGGAUCAUCAGCCCGAACAAAAGGCUGACGAAACGCCGCUCGAGGGCCAAGCCUUCGACUUCGAGUGACGAGGAGGAAGAGAAUUGCCGAGAUUCGGCUAGAAGACGUCGAGCUGGUGUUCGGCUUCGCCAUCAGGUCGAAGCAGACCGAGCCGGGCCGUCGACUAGCGCCAAUUGGCCACGCCACUCCCCUCGACGCUUUAAUGAAAGGUCUGCCGGCAAUCGAUCCAGCGAAGGAUUGAGUGAUGAAGGCGUGGACCCAGAAGAAUUCCGCAGAAAAUUACGCACUCGACCUUUCAUCCCUGGCGACGACUUCGAGGAGGACGAGGAUGAGGAACAGGAAGAAGAUGAGGACGACGAUGAACAGUUUGAGCCAUCGCGGCCAAGGCGAACUGCUCGAAAACGUCGGCGAGAUUCUGAAGAUGAAGAAGAAGACGAGGACGAAGAAGAUGAGGGAGUUCGAAAAUCGAGCGCUAGGAGGCCUGCUAGAAAACGUCGCGGUUCUUCUGGAGACGACGACGAGGAGGAUGACGAUGAAAACGAACACGUUCGGCCCGCACGUCCUAAGCGUACGUCUCGAAGGCCUCGUCGCGAUUCUGAAGAUGAAGAGGAAGAUGAGGAGGACGAAGAAGAAGCUGAAGACGUACAACCCUCACGUCCCAAACGUACUUCUCGAAGACGUCGUCGCUAUUCUGAAGAUGAGGAGGAAGAAGAGGAGGAAGAAUCUGAAGAAGAUGAACAAGUUCGGUCGUCAAAAUCAAGGCGAACUGCUCGGAAACGACGGAACGGGUCUGAGGACGAUUCUGAAGAUUUUAAGGGGCCGGGACGGAAGCGGUGGGCAGAUGAAGAGCCCCAAGCUGGGCGGAGAACAUCAGCCCGAAUCAGCCGUGACUCGGAGAAAGAGGAUUCUGACCAAGAGGAGUCAGAAGAUGAGCAUGAGCCAAGGAGGUCGUGCAGAAGACGCAUCGGCAUUCUGGAGCGUAUGGAUUUGUCUGGAACGCGCAGGAAGACGCGAGAAGACACAGAAGACUCGGAAGUCAGAACAACUAGACGGUUCUUGAGAAGGAGAAUGAUAGAGGAGGACGAGGUUCGAAGGAGCGGCUCCGAGGUCUCGACCUCAAGGAGACGCUCCAGGAGGAGCCAAAAAUUGGAGGACAGAUCGGACGAUGAGACGCUCAUCAGGAGAAGUCGAGCUCGAAGAGAUGAGAGUAGCCUCGCGGACUCGGAUGGGCCGAAGCGGAGGCGGAGAAAAAGGGAGGAGGACGAGUCUUCGCCGGAGCCCAGGGAAGAAUUUAUCCCGAAAGAAGAAGACGUUGACAUUGUCAAGGAGAGCUACUGCCGAGUCGCAGUGGAUUACGAUAAAUUGCGGAAAACGGAAGGAUUGGCUGCUUGGUGCAAAUCACAAAGCGAAGCCGCGGAAGCCAAAGCCCAGGAACAAGACAAGCGCCUCGAGACCCCGUUCGACAUCUCGAAGCUGAAGUGUACUGCUCCGGACAAGCUGGCAGGGGAUUAUAAGAAAGACAAUGUAGACGACAGUGCCCCAGUGAUCGCGCUGGAUACGUGGAGCCCGUUUUUGGGCUUGAAGCGGCUAGCCUACUGGAGCUACACGGAACGGAAUAUCAAGGCCGACGAGGAGCACGGGCUCUCCCACCUCCCUCUACUCGAUGAAAAAGCCACCGGCGACUGGUCUGACGAUCUCAUUGACGAUUUUGAGGAUGGAAUCCAUGGUAUCCGGGAAGGCUGGUCGCAUCAUCUGAAUGAUUGGAUGCUUUAUCGGAUGCUCAGGGAGCUGGUGCCGAGCUUUGAAGCACAGGACCGGCAACUCGACCUGUACAAAACAAUUUAUCAUCUCUUCCCGAAUAAGCUACCGGUUAGCAAGUUGAUUUGGCAUAUUCGAGAUUACGGCCCGCGGUAUUGCUUCGAUCCGAAGAAUGUACAGCUCCCUUCCACCAGCAAAUUCGAGCAAAAAACGCCCUCCCGACCGAUCCGGCCUCCACAACUCACCCUCUCUCCAUUAUCGCCGAAAGCUAGGGCAAACAAAGCUAGCGACAACUUUGUGCACUCCCUGAAGGUGCUGUACUGCCCACGAUGCUUGACGUUUGACUGUCAGACUCAUGGUAAUUCCGAGGAAGAGAUCUGGAAACGCUCAGCUGACACACUUCGCAACGAGUCCAAAGCUUCUGGGGACACCAACUUGGAGCCAUGUGAUAACCAGUGUUACCGACUCAAACCCACCUCAUCCUUUGAGCCCCUACGCCCACAAGUUAAUGAGACGUACCUGGUGGAACACUUCAAAAAAAUGGCUACGGAACGGAAAGGCGCUCACCAAUCGUGUCGUCUUGCGAAAUUGGCAAAGUUUUACUUUAAGAAGGAAGUAGCUUGUGUACAGAUGUUCGAUUUACUAAAAAAUAACGGCGUUCCGGAGUUUAUUGAUGACAAGGAGGAAAAGGAGGAGGCGGAGAGGAGACGACAAUUCAAUCGCGAUCAUCACCACAUUUUCCGGAACAAGCGCUUCAAGAUGGGAGAGCGCCGACUCGGCGGGCAAACGGUAUCCACAUCCCACCGUAUGGUACCGUGCCGACAUGCCGGGCCUUGUGAAGAAGGUCGCUGUCCGUGCCUGCGAGAUAACAACCUCUGCAGCAAGUAUUGUCAAUGCUUGGAUUGCCCGCAUAAAUUUCCGGGAUGCAGAUGUGUUGGCAAAUGUAACACACGGCAAUGCGCUUGCUACAUGGCCAACUACGAGUGCGACCCGGAUUUGUGCGAUAACUGCGGAGGACACAGCGAUCUCGACAAUUGCAUCGCUGAACAAGCUGGGGAGUGUGGAGAAUUGCCGCCCGAGCUCAGCGAGAUCAUAUGGGCUGGCGAGUCGGAGGAGAGGCGGAAGCGGAAGAGCGAAAGAUGUGGCAAGGGACCGUCGACAUGCCAGAAUAAUCAGAUACAGAAGGGGUUGCAGAAGAAGCUGAAGAUCGGCACCUCCGAUAUCGAGGGCUACGGCUGUUUCUUGGACGAGGAUUGCUUGAAGGGCGAGCUGAUCAGCGAGUACUGUGGCGAGAUUAUCACUGCUGACGAAUGCGAGCGCCGGGGUCGAGUUUACGACAUUUUGGGGUGCUCGUAUAUUUUUAACCUCAACAAUGAGCAAGGAGUCGAUGCUACCAGAAUAGGAAAUCUCGUCCGGUUUGCCAAUCAUUGUGAUGAAGCGAAUUGUGCACCAAAAAUCCUGAUCGUCAACGGGAGCCACCGCAUUGGACUCUACGCAAAACGUGAUCUCAAAAAGGGUAGCGAACUCUUCUUCAACUACGCCUACGAGAAAGUUCACAAGAUCAGGACGCUGAAAACGCUCAGGAAUAAGGAUGUGGUCGUGGAUUCGGAUGACGAGGUGAAACGCCGGGUCGAGGAGCUCAAAAACGCGCACGCCGACAUGACCCCGAGUCGCCAGAGUUCGCAUAGC